AUGUUGUCGAUACUACCUACCAUCACACUCCUUUCGUUGCCGUUCCUCGCUGUCUGCCAAUCUGCUUCCGAUGGCUACAGUGGCUACAAGCUCGAUGUGCGAGACGACGGUGACCCAUCCGCUGUUCUCUACGAAACAGAAAACACAUCCUCAUCCAACAUCUCCGCCUUGAGCCCCGUCCCAGACGUUCUCCUCAACGCCUCCGUUCACGUCGGCGAGAUCUUCAUCGGUGUCGACAACCUGACCGCAAAGAUCAACCUCGACGCCCAGGUCCUCCAGUUGCUGCAGUUCAACGCCGGAGUCGACCUAUCCAUCGACAAAGUCACCCUCCUAAUUCAAAACGUCACAGCAAAAGUCUACCUCGAAGCCCGUCUGGGUAAUCUCGUCAACAUGGUCAGCGACGUCCUCGACAGCAUCGAUCUGAACCCCGUGAUCGCCGAGCUAGGAAACGGUCUUGGCUCCAUCAUCAACGACACUGCUGGUCUCGUUGGCGACGUUGCCGGUGGCCUUACUGGAGGCGGUAAUGAUACCUCUGCUCAAGCCAAAGCCAAACGCGACCUCGACUUCCACCAAUGGGACCUCCGCAACAACAUCCUCUACUCCAUCAACAACUUCGAAGGCAACACCAACAAACGCCGUGUCCUCGCUCAAAAUGGCGAUAUCGUAGAGCAAGUCCUCGAUAACUCUGGUACGAUCUCUGCAACCAAUGUUGUGGGUGAUUACCUCAAGAACAUGCGGUUCAACGGGUUCAACGAGAGCGUGACGUACAAGGGCGAGGAGGUCUGGGAAGAAGAAUAUGUGUACGAGCCUUUUAUGGGUCUCUACUCUAUUUCUGGUGUGUUCAAGAGCAAGAGUAAUGGCGAGGUCGUUGGCACGCAACUUCUGGCUGAGGCUAGAGGGGGCGGAAGCGCGAGUAUUGGGAAUGAGAAGGCGUAG